CAGUUUGUGGAGAUAUACACGGUCAAUUUUAUGACCUUAUGAAAUUAUUCGAGGUGGGCGGACCGCCUGCCAGUACAAAGUACCUUUUUCUUGGUGAUUAUGUUGAUAGAGGAUAUUUUAGUAUAGAGUGCGUGUUGUACCUGUGGGCGUUAAAGCUGUGUUACCCUACAACCCUUUUUCUACUUCGUGGCAACCAUGAGUGUCGACAUUUAACAGAAUACUUCACAUUUAAGCAAGAAUGUAAAAUAAAAUAUUCGGAGAGAGUAUACGAGUCAUGUAUGGAGGCGUUUGACUGUUUGCCGCUGGCGGCACUUAUGAACCAACAGUUCCUCUGCGUUCACGGCGGAUUAUCACCAGAAAUACACAAUCUAGACGACAUACGAAAGUUAGACAGAUUUAAGGAACCACCUGCUUUCGGCCCUAUGUGUGACCUAUUAUGGUCAGAUCCCCUAGAAGAUUUUGGUAAUGAAAACAACGCAGAACACUUUUCACACAACUCUGUACGAGGCUGCUCAUAUUUUUACAGCUAUGCUGCAUGUUGUGAUUUCCUACAAAAUAAUAACCUCCUGUCAAUAAUCCGAGCACACGAAGCACAAGACGCGGGGUAUAGGAUGUAUAGAAAAAGUCAAACAACAGGCUUCCCAUCAUUAAUCACAAUAUUUUCGGCACCAAAUUAUCUGGAUGUUUAUAACAAUAAGGCAGCGGUACUUAAAUACGAGAACAACGUCAUGAACAUCAGGCAAUUCAAUUUUUCGCCGCACCCGUACUGGCUACCGAACUUCAUGGACGUAUUCACGUGGUCGUUGCCUUUCGUGGGCGAAAAGGUGACCGAAAUGUUGGUGAAUGUGCUCAACAUCUGCUCAGAUGACGAGCUGGUGUCAGAUGGGGACGAUGCGUUGGAGGAAGAGAAACAGGCUAAAAUUGUUGUUAAAACAUCCGGUAAGUCUAUCACAGAGCUUUCGACAAGAAGGAGUUUAACACUGCAUUUAUCAUAUCUGAUUUUUUAUCUACAUUUUUUUUAUAAUAAUCCGCGUGUUGUGCCAGUUUUAUUUUUUGUUUUUGUGGAACAAUACUUAUUUACUAAUACUGCAGUUUCGAUCAAAUACCAUUUUUUAUUUUUCAGCAUUUGA